UUCAACGCCAUCAGUGCACCGGUGCUCACAUAAUGUGGGAAAUUAAUGCUCAGACACGCAGAGUCUCAGGAACGGCGGGACAUUUCUUGGAAUAAAUUGCAUGCCUCUAUCCAGUGGAUGCGUGAAGAAAAGAAGCUCUGAAUUCUGUGAACAUGAACUUAGGUGAAAGCUUCAAAAGUACAGCUUUACAAGUUCACAUGGGGUGGUGAAAUACCUCAACGCUCUUCAUCAGCACAGCAGCUCUUCUGUCAACUAACCAUCACAGAGCACAACUGCAGCUUUGAAGAACUGAAUGUGGCUCCUCACAAAACACAUGGAUUAUCGUUGCUGAUUCAAGAAAACAGAGCAUGGAGACCUUCUCAGAGGCGGUAGGUUGGGAAGGAUCCCUCCAUGCAACCGUUGCAUGGUCUAACUUCUCCUCCUCAUUCUCUGAGCAUACUGGACUUAACAGUACUUUCAAAGGAGGCUCAUACUUCUGGUUGGUGUUUCAAAACAACUCAAUAAACCCCACUCAGACGCCCGAUCCGGUCAGGGUGCGGGACAUAUCUCUGGCUAAAGCUGAGAUUGGCAUUCUGGGUCUGGUUCUCGCUCUCACAACACUAGGGAACGGUUUUGUACUGUGGGUUCUGCUGAGGCGGCGCAAAUACAACGCACCCAUGCACCUAUUUAUGGUAAAUCUGUGUGUUGCAGAUCUUGUGGUGGCGUUUUUUCAGGUGCUCCCACAGCUAGUAUGGGAUAUCACAGAGAGAUUUCAAGGUCCUGAUGUGCUGUGCCGCUCAGUCAAAUAUCUGCAGAUUGUGGGAAUGUUUGCAUCCUCUUACAUGAUUGUUGCUAUGACAGUGGACCGCCAUAAUGCCAUCUGCUGCCCCCUGCAGGCUUACAAAGGAGGGGCAGUUUCAUGCUGGAAUACACCCAUCAUGGUAGCCUGGGGUCUAGCCCUUGUUCUCAGUGUGCCACAGGUGUUUAUUUUCUCCAGGUCAGAGGUCUCUCCAAGGGUGUUUGAGUGCUGGGGGAAUUUUGCUGAGCCUUGGGGACUAAAAGCGUAUGUCACCUGGAUGACUAUAGCUGUGUUUCUGCUUCCUACCUUUAUUAUCACCGUUUGUCAGAUCAGCACAUUUCAAGGAGUCACUGUCUCUAAUGUGGUUUAUAUUAGAGUGGCUUUCACUAUCCUGAUGCUGUUAGCCAGUCUGAACUCCUGUACGAACCCAUGGAUCUACACAGCCUUUUCCAGCAGCGUGUCCCGUGAACUUCUCGCUCUGCUGCGCUGUCGGCCAAAGCUGCCCCGCAGGAGCUCAAUGCACGACCACUCCAGUGACAUAAACACCUCCACUACCAAGGACAACCAGUACUGACCCCUACAGAAUAAAUGAAAAUUGAGUGUCAGCAGAGACAGGGAUUUAUCCGGAUGUAUCUGUCCUAUGCAUGUGGAAGACAUGUUGUCAUGAGAUAUUGCCACAUCUUCUGUUCAGAGUAUCCGAUGAUGCCACUUUAACCAAGUGAACUGUGAAGAGUGGCUUAUGAAUUAACCAAUUUAUGACAUAAAUUUGAGGAUUUUAUGCAAAAAUAGACCUCUUGAGUAUGAGACUGAUCUUUGCUGUCUCAUCAAACAGGGUAAAGAACAGCUUACUGACUGUCAUAAUAAACGUAAUUAAAUUCUACGGAAAAUUGAAAUAUUAACUAUUGUGUGUGAGAUGGAGAUAAAUGUCUUAACUGCAGAGGAAGAAGAGAUCAAGGCCUUAACCCCACAGCCAGCUAUUUCAUCCCAUUUAUCAGUCUUUCUGCCGUAAGUCUUCUUCAGAUUCAGAGCUUUCAUGGCAAGGACUGAGGAAGAACAUGAAUUAUGUGAUUCAUGCAUGGAAAAUACAUCCAGCAGACAGUUCAAAUCCAUGCCAAACAGAAAAAUCCAGGACUAAAAGUGAUAUACAUUCCUUAUUGGACAAAUAUCUAAUAAAUGCCUUUUGUGAAGUACAAAAGGUAGAGGUAUAAAACUGAACAUAUUUUGACGAAUUUGUUUUGAAUAAGGCUGAGGAAAUAAUAAUGGUUUUAUUUAGUGAAACACCAGCAGUGUGCAAAGCAGCAACACUUUCAGUUCCUCAAUAACAGUCAAAUUAUAUAUAAAGCACUUAAAAGCUUAUUUAAAGUUGUGUGAGAAUAAAAAGAAGUAAUAAUGAAUAUGAGAAGAUGAUAAAAGAAGAUAAAUUCAAAUGACAUCAGGUUAUACAGUGCCUUCAAUUUAACUGAUGUACAGUAUAAGUAUACAGAUCCUGUCAUCUGAUACUCUGUAAAAAUCAUUUUCUUAAUCAGUAUUUUUGCUUAAAAUAAGAACAAAUGAUUCCGGUCGGUUGGAAACCAUUAAAAAGGCAUAUCCUGCAAAUCAAUUAAAUUUAUCUUCUUUUAAGAACGGCUAAAUAUUGUUGCUAAAAGCAAGAGGAAAGGACUGAUUAAGAUUUUUUUUUUUUGGUGCAGUAGCUGAUUUGACACACUGUACAUAUA